GAAUAAAAGUCGAGGUGGUGCGGAGUCCUCAAUACGGAGCGGAGGGCGGCGGCACCAGUCAGUCCUGAGCACCAUGGCCAGCCAGUCGCAGGGAGUCCAGCAGCUGCUCACCGCCGAGAAAAAGGCAGCUGAGAAGGUCGCAGAGGCCAGGAAACGAAAGGCUCGUCGGCUGAAGCAGGCCAAGGAUGAGGCUCAGGCUGAGAUUGAGAAGUUCCGGCAGGAGAGGGAGCGGCAGUUCAAGGAGUACGAGGCCAAGCACCUUGGCUCUCAGGAUGACAUUGCCCUCAAAAUCAAGAGUGACACCCAUGCUAAGAUCACCGCCAUGAACAAGCAGGUGGCCACCAACAAGGAUAAGGUAAUUGAGCGCAUCCUUCAGCUGGUCAAGGACAUCAAGCCUGAGCUGCACGUCAAUGCCAAGAGAGAUUAAACUUAAGCUGUUUGGUGUUCGUUCUCAACUUAACAAGAUCCUGUGAAGUCCCGUUGCUCGUAGGGUUGUGUACUUAGACGUGUGUACCGAGAGUUGAGCUUCCCCUUGGUGUACAUAACAGAUGUUUCUGAUGUCAAUUGAAUGAGUGGAUGGCUGUUGUUACUUUCCAGAAUGCCUUAUUUAUCAUCCAUUCCAAGGUUGCAGCUCACAUGGCCCGCCUCCGACGCUGCAACGCUAAAUGGCACAAUUAUAUGCUAAAUGAUUGUUGUUCGGCAGAUUAUUUAGAUUGUGUAUAUUAUAGCAAUAUGUUGUAUAGAUUUUUUUUUAAUGUACAAACUCAUUGUUCUAAUUUAAGCGGUUUGAUUUGUGCAUUAACAUAUCAGUGGACCACAAGAAUCUUUUCCUCCUUACCUGGUUGCCUGUAAAGGUUAGACAAUAGAACGGUUGUAGUGAAAGUAUUCCUUUAAUUUUUGUACAACAAUUACAAGGACUAGCCUCAGAAAGACCAGAGAGGUUGUGACCACUCGAAUGAAUCACUUAGGUGAACAGUAUUCACUUUGAAGCUGUACAAAUGAAGGCCAUCACCAGUUAAUGACAUAGUAAUGAGAGAGAAAUGGUGUGCACCACAUUAAGCUGCACGAGUCGUGAUGAUCAACAACAUGUAUGGGGUGAGUGUGUGGCCCAGUAGCACAAUGACACCAAAGGAAACCUAAUUAACACCAUACAGUACAGUCAUGGUUAAUAGUUGAAUAAGAAAUUGCACUCACUUUCAUUGUGUUAAGCAUUUUACUCAAUCCAAGUCCAUCAAUCAGCUAAGAAUCAAUAAAUUUCAAGAUUCCGUUAGACUCUGCAGAUCAGGAGCCUUCAGACUGAGGGAAAAGAGAGCACAGUGUGAGUGGAGUGCCAGUUUACUUGAUUCUAAUAUGGACUGUACAAUGGAACAAGCCUUGGUGCUUAUUUAGAGUAUAUCAAGGCAAAGUUGGUAGGCUGGUUGUAGGCCAGGAAGAUAGGUAGGUGGAGGAGGAGGGAGUAGCAGGAGGCAUCGACUUCCUUGGAGACUUUGAGCCAGUUCUGCAGAUACUCCAGCAUAGCAUCCGUGCUCAUGUUGGUGGGGUUAAGGCCACGGAAGAUUAGCGUCUGCAACGGAGAGGUUUUGUGUUCUGUUAGUCAUCCCUGUAUUAUGAGUCAUUUGAUGCUGCCUUCCUUGUACUCUGCUGCAUGCCUUCAUAGAUUUAUCAACUGUACUUAUUUCAAGUCUAUUCUGUCCAACCUUUAAGUGUAAUGGUCAAUGUCUUUAUUUCUUCUUUUCCUGGUAAACUCUAGAACAGUCAGUCUGUCUCUGUUUCUACUCCUUCCUUUCAUGCAGGGAGUGUCAAGUCAACUUAGGAACUAGACAUGCAUUUACUGUGGAACCUUCUGAAGUCUUCUCAAUAAAAGUGGUAUAUGGUGAA